AUGGAAAUUGUCACUUCUGUUGGUGGGAAGGUAGCUGAGAAGGUAGUUGACAAUGUGUUUGCAGUUGCUGGUGAUCAAUUUGGUUAUUUGUUUCACUACAAUGACAACAUUCAAAAAUUGAAAAAGCAAGUUGGGAAUUUGAGGGAUAGCAGAGACAUGGUGCAGCAGAAAAUCGAAUUUGCUGAAAGAAAUAGAGAAAUCAUCUUCACUAUUGUUCGAAACAGGUUAGCUGAAGUUGAUGAUAUUUCUGCAAAAGCUGAAAAAUUUUUGGAAGAUGAAGACAAAGCCAACAAGAGGUGCCUCAAAGGGUGGUGCAUUAAUCUCGGACAACGUUGUCGAUUUAGUAAGGAGUCAAAAAAGCAUACUUUGGCGAUUUCUGAUCAGCUUCAAGAAUUGGGAAAGUUUGAGAGUGUGUCUUGUCCUGCUCCUCCAUCUGGAAUUAUAUCUUCAAAUGAGGUAUUCAAUUCUGGCUCAUUUGAAUCUAGAAAUUCAGUUAAGAAGGAAGUUAUGAAGGCCUUAAUUGAUGCUAAAAAUGUCAGCAAAAUUGGAAUAUGUGGGAUGGGGGGCGUUGGUAAAACCAUACUAGUUAAAGAAAUCGGCCUACAUGUCAAAGAAGCCAAGGAUUAUGAUGUUGUAGCGAUGGCGAUUGUCUCUCAAACGCCCAAUAUUAUGAAGAUUCAAGGCCAAAUUUCUGACAUGUUAGGCUUAACUUCUCUUCCAACUCAUUCUGAAUUAGCAAGAGCAAGUUCACUGUGGGAGAGAAUCAAGAAAGAGAAGCGGGUCCUUAUCAUAUUAGACGAUGUUUGGGAGAUAAUUGCAUUGGGUGAGAUUGGUAUUCCUUUUGGGAAUGACCAUAGAGGUUGUAAAAUUUUAAUCACCUCUCGUAGCAAAGAUGUAUGUAAUAGAAUGGGUUGCCAAAAGAUAUAUACGGUUGAAACUUUAUCUAAACAAGAAUCUUUGGAACUUUUUAGCAAGAUUGCAGGCUCAACUGUUGAAAAUUCUGAUAUUAACCCAAUUGCUAGAGAGGUAACUAGUAAAUGUGGGGGAUUGCCACUUGCAAUUGUGACAAUAGCAGGAGCUUUAAAAGGUAAAGAUAAGCAUGGGUGGAGCCACGCAGAACGACAACUUAAAAUGUCUACCGCUUCAAGCAUUAUAGAAGUGGAGAGAAAUGUUUUUUCAUCUCUGGAACUAAGCUUCGAUUACCUAGAAAAGGAGACAAAAUCACUUUUUUUGUUUUGUAGCUUAUUUCCAGAAGAUUACAAUAUUCCUAUUGAAGAUUUGGUCAGAUAUUGGACAGGUUUGAGAUGGUUUGGAGAUACUAAUGAGGCAAUUGAGGAUGUCAGAAACAGAGUUCAUUAUAUUGUAAGUACUAUAACCUCUUCCUUUCUCUUGAUUGAAGAAGAUAAAAAGUAUGUAAAAAUGCAUGAUGUUAUCCGUGAUUUUGCAAUAGCUAGAGCUCCUAGAUACAACCACAGAUUCAUGGUAAGUGUUGCAUUGGGACAUAGGGAUACAUUUGAAGAUUUCACAUGUAUCUCAUUGAUAGCAAAUUAUAUUAGGGAGCUACCAAAUGGGUUGGAAUACCCAAAUUUGCAGGCUUUGUUGUUGCAGGAAAAUGAAAGUUUGGUUGUCCCCGGUAGUUUCUUUGAGAAAAUGACAAAUCUCAAAGUUUUAAACUUGGGACAAACAUACAUAAAGACAUUGUCUGAUUCACUUUCAUUUCUCACAAAUCUUAGAACAUUAGAUGUUAAUUCUUCCAGGUUGGUUGAUCUAUCAAUAAUUGGAAGGUUAAGUAAACUUGAGAUUCUUUCCCUUUCAUAUUCUAAACUUGUUAAGGAGAUCCCUUCAACCUUUAGCCAAUUAACUAAUCUCAAGUUGUUAGAUUUGAAUAAUAUGGAUUUAAAACUAAUACCCUGUGGCGUUAUAUUUUCUCUUAAAAAGUUAGAGGAAUUGUAUGUUAAUCAUUUUGUUAAUUGGGAAUUUGAAAGUGGUAGUAAUGCCAAUCUUGUUGAGUUAGAAGCCUUGACCCAAUUGACUAGCUUGCAUAUUUUUAUUCCAAAUAAACUUGAUUUCUCACCAAAAUUCUUGCCAUUCCAAAAAUUGUCCAACUUUAUCUUAAUAAUAGGUUAUAGUCCAUUUGCCUACAGUGGAUCUCGUUUUCAGAAAUAUUUGAGUAAGGUGUUGUACUCAAGAAAUAUGGAGAUCAUAGAGACUGAUAUUUCACUGAUAUAUGAUAAGUUUAGCGGUUUGAUCAAAAGAACUGAGAGUUUAACUUUAGAAAAUAUUGUUAAGAUUGAGAGUAUUAGUCAUGACCUGGUUGAAGAAGUGUUUAAUGAUUUGAAGUAUCUUCGUAUCAAAAGAUGUGAUGAGAUAAGUUAUCUCUUAAAUACAUUGGAAUGGACACCAAAUUCAACUUUCCACAAUUUAGAGGCAUUACAUCUCAUUGAGAAUUGCAACCUUGUUGAACUAUGUAAUGGACAACCUCCUGCUCAAUCUUUCUGUAAACUAAGAGUUUUAGAAGUGGAAGAGUGUGAAGGCUUGUUAAAUAUUGCACCAUAUCAUUUGUUGCAGAGGUUCCAAAAUCUUCAAUCUCUUAAAGUAAUAUGGUGUAGAUCACUGGUGUAUAUAUUUGAUUGUGAAAAUAUUAAGAUUGCAAAGGGUGAAACCAAGUUACUCUCCUCAUUAGAGGAUAUAGAUUUGGAAUUUUUGUAUGAGAUGACAUAUAUAUGGAAGGGUAACCAUCAAUCCAUAAGUCUCCAUAAUUUGAAGAGAGUAGACUUGCUUGCAUGCUACAAGUUAAUAAAACUAUUUUCGCCAACACUACUCCAAAGCCUUAUUUGUUUGGAAGUAAUAAAAAUAUCAGACUGCUCUAAUUUAAAGGAGAUCUUUGAGAAGAAAGAAGCGGAGGAUCUACAGUUAGAUCACACCAUAACCUCCCCAUGCUUAGGAAACCUAACUAUUAUAGACAUACGUGGUUGUUAUAAUUUAGAAACCCUCUUCACUCCCUCAAUUGCCAAACUCUUGGUAAAGCUCAAAGUACUUUACCUAUAUGGCUGCUCAAGAAUACAAGAAAUAAUCACAAAUGAGAAAGGAGAACAAGAAACGCCAAUAGAGAGCAUUGUGUUUCCUAGUUUGUACCAAUUGUGUCUAUGUGAUCUAAGCAGCCUCACUUGUUUUAGCUCUGAGUCAUAUACUAUUGAAUUCCCAAUAUUGGACUUCUUAGCGAUACUUGGUUGCGGACAAAUGAAGACUUUCGGUUUUGGAGGGCAAGUGACACCCAAGCUCAAAGAAGUGCAUCUUAAUUACACUAGACGUUGGAAUGGCAACCUCAAUACCACAUUGGAAGAGUUCUUCAGUGAACAGGUAUAUACUUGA